AUGCAGAAACCAGUGGAUCAGUUUAUCGACAAACCAGUUCCAGAAGUCCGAACAGUUAAAGUAAAUAAGGAAAUCCCACGUCUUGUUCCUGUUCCGCUUGAAGCACGCGGUGUUCUCGAAGUCAGACUUCCUAAAAUUGUCACAACGCAUCAGAAACUGACCAUGAUGUAUGCCUAUUGGAAGGCGGGCAAGCAUAUGGAUCACGCUGUAUUCGAUAUCUAUUUCCGUCGCUGCCCUUUCAAAGGUGAAUAUGCGGUAUUUGCUGGGAUCAAUGAGGCGAUUCGUUUUAUCAACACUCUCCGUUUUACUCCUUCCCAAAUUGCAUAUUUACGAACAGUUCUCACAGAGUGCGACGCUGAAUUUGAUUAUUUGACGCAAAUUAAUGGAUCCUGUUUAACAGUUCACGCAUUUAAGGAAGGUUCCUUGGUCUUCCCGAAUGUUCCUCUUGUCCGUGUUGAAGGCCCGUUAGGCGUCGCUCAGCUUAUUGAGACUCCGAUGCUGAAUCUUCUUAAUUAUCCCACACUCAUCGCUACGAAUGCUGCAAGGCAUCGACUCGUAGCUGGAUGGAAUAAGGAGCUCCUCGAAUUCGGAGCUCGUCGGGCACAAGGUCCUGAUGGGGCGAUGAGCGCCUCACGUUACUCUUAUCUUGGCGGUUUUGAUGGCACCUCAAAUUCGAGAGCUGGCCACUUAUUCGGCAUCCCUAUCAAGGGGACGCAUGCCCACGCCUUUGUCACUUCAUUUAAGAUUCAUUGCGAAGACUUCGUUUCAGUCGUUCUCUCAUAUCGUGAUCAACUUCGUGCGGCUUAUUCACAAUUUAGACCAGAUGGAUUAAUGAAUGAGGGGGAACUCACAGCCUUCAUUGCUUAUGCCCAGGCUUUUCCCACACAAUUUUUGUGCCUCGUCGAUACGUACGAAACGCUGUCGUGUGGCGUUCCUAAUUUCUUAGCUGUUGCUCUGGCUCUCAAUAGUCUCGGACUUGCUCCUGUUGUUCGUCUCGAUUCUGGGGACCUUGCGUAUUUAUCUCAAAAAUCCCGAGAAAUCUUCAAGGACGUCUCCCUUCGUUUUGAAUGCGCGUUCACGGAAUUGAAGAUUGUUGCAUCCAAUGAUAUCAAUGAACACGUUCUAAUGGCUUUGAAUGAUCAAAAACACGAGAUUGAUACCUUCGGAAUUGGGACCAAUCUCGUCACCUGCCAAGCUCAACCCGCCUUAGGGAUGGUCUAUAAAUUGGCAGAAAUUAACGGAAGGCCAACGAUGAAGUUGUCCCAAGAAAUCGGCAAAACGUCAAUUCCAGCAAGAAAAAGUGUUUAUCGUCUUUACACGAAAUCAGGGGAACCUGUUGUCGAUUUGUUAUUAGUAAGUUGAUCGAAUUGGGACACAAUUUUGUAUGGUUGUCUCCAGGGUUAUGAAGAGCCAAAACCUCAACCUGGUAUUCGAUUCUUUUGUUGCCAUCCAUUCGAUUCGAAUAAGCGUUUCUAUGUUGUGCCCCAAGUGGUUGAAGAUUUGAUACCCGAGCUCGCUGCAUCGCUCAGCUUCAGCUGUUUAGAAAAGACAUUCUCAGGCCCGUCAACCCAACGCCGUACAAGGUGUCAACAAGCUCAGUCUUCUUCCAGUUCUUCGCGCAAUGUGGGAACAAACUGCUCCAAUUAUUCACCCUCGAAUAGAAGGAGUUAA